AUGAAAAUCAGCGAUGUCCUUAGUGAUUCAAAAUUACAUGAAAGCCUAAAAUUAAGAAAGAGUGAGUUGAACAGCAGUCAAAUUAGUAAGGACAAUAUAUUGGAAGAAUUUGAUAUAAAAAAUAAGAUAAGAAAAGUUAGCUUAGGUAUUCCAACAAAAGAUAUAGAUGUAAAAAAUGUUUUAAGGUUAUUAAAGGAACCUAUUUGUUUAUUUGGUGAGGACAGUUAUGAUAAGAGGAAAAGAUUAAAAACUGUUUUAGUCACAAAAUAUGAUAAACUGAUAAUAAAAAAAAAUAAUGAAAAUGAAGAAGAAGUUGAAGAAUUCAAGAAUAUCUUAAAAAAAUAUUAUAUUGAUUUUAGUAGUUUAUGUGAUGUAGAUUCUCCUGAAUAUAUAAAAAUAAAACAACUAGAAGAUGAAUUAGUAAAAAAAAGAUUAAAAGAACAAAGUAUAGAAGGAAAGGGAAUUGAUUCUAGGGAUAAAUUAAAGGAGAAGUUUUAUACAGAAAGUUCAGAAGAGCUCAAAUUCUCACGUCUAGAUAUAACGCUAAAAACAUUACCUAGAAUAUUUUUAUACAAAGAAAUGAUAAAUAAUUUUCAAAACAAAUAUCAAAAAGAAGAUUAUGAAAAUUAUAUUAUUUCUUAUAAUGAACAUAUGAAAAAUGAAUUCGAUUUAUAUAUUUCACAGUUAGGUGAUGACAGACCAUUAACCAUGGGAAAAUUUUCCCCUGAUAACAGCGUUUUUGCAGUAAGUAGUUAUAACACAUAUAUUAAUAUAUUUAAUUACAAAAAUGAUAAUUAUAAUAUUGUAAAAACUCUUAAAAAAGGUCAUGAUGAUAAGAUAAACUGCAUAGAGUGGAACUACCCCAAUAAUUAUUCUUACUAUAAUACAUUAAAUUAUACAGAUAUAAGGAAAAAAGAUUUAUUGCUAGCUUCCUGCUCAUCAGAUAAAACCUUUUGUAUAUGGAGGCCUUUUCCAGGUGAAGACAUAAACGAUUAUAAUAUUACACAUAAAAGCUAUUUUGAAGGAAAUAAAAAAAGAAUUAGAAAAAAUAACACUGAAAUAGAUGAUACAGAUGAAAGGAAAGGAGAUCACACCAAAAUUUUUGAAAAAAAUGGUCAUGAAGUGAAGACGAAUUGUGGAGAGCUUAAGAAGCAGGCUAGUAAACAGAAUGGGAAUAAGGAUGAAUAUAAUAUAGAAGAUGAAAAUGAACAGGAGGUGGAUGACAAAAAUGCCAAAGGCAACAAAUAUUUGCUAUGUAAAGUAAAAGCUCAUGAAGACAGAAUAAAUAAGAUAUGUUUUCAUCCUUUGAACAAAUAUGUAUUAACAUGUUCAGAAGAUGAAACAAUAAAAUUUUUUGAUAUAGAAACUCAAAAGGAAUUAUUUUAUCAAGAAGGGCACAAUGCUAUAGUAUAUACUGCUACAUUUAAUCCUUAUGGAAAUUUAUAUUUAUCAGGAGAUUCAAAAGGCGGAUUAAUGUUAUGGGAUAUUAGAACAGGAAGAAAUAUAGAUAAAAAACAAGCAGUUCAUAAUAACUGUAUUAUGAAUAUUAAUUUUAAUCCAUUUAUGCCAAAUAUGUUUUGUACGUGUUCUUCGGAUAACACUAUUAAAAUAUUUGACUUGAGAAAUUUUAAAAUUUCUUGUAAUAUACUAGCGCACAACAAAAUUGUCACAGAUGCAAUUUUUGAACCAACAUAUGGUAGAUACAUAACAUCAUGUUCUUUUGACACUUUUAUUAAAAUAUGGGACUCUGUAAAUUUUUAUUGCACUAAAAUUUUAUAUAAUAAUGAAAAUAAAGUAAGAAAUGUUGACAUAUCCCCUGAUGGUAAAUUUAUAUCCUCCACUUCUUUUGACAGAACAUGGAAAUUGUACAAAAACACAGAAUUUGUUCAGGACAAUAUUCUUUCUCAUUUAUUUUGA